AUGGAUUUCGAAGCUGAUGCGCUCAUCGCACAAGUUACUCGUAAAGAAUCACCUGAUACAUUUGGUUUAAUCACUUGUGCACUCUUUCAUCAACCGAAACCAGCGCUAUUUGCUGAUUUUUAUCGUAAAUUAACUGAAGAAUUAUACAAUAGUUUUACCGACGACGAAAAACAAUCCGUUUAUCUUUAUCCGAUCGCGCACUUACACAUCACCAUUUCCACAUUGUAUAACUUCAAACAUUCGAAGCCUCAAUUUCCUGAACAAUGCUUAGAAUUUUGGAAAGAACGAUUCACCCAACUGAAACAAACGUCGAAAAACAAGCCGAUUCGUCUCUCACUAGAAGCCAUUCAACUUUCCAAAGCUGCUGGUUUCUUCUUGUAUAAAGAUGAGCAGCAUGCAGUUGAUGAUCUUCGUCAAUCGAUUCGAACUAUUUGCAUACCAGAAGAAGGACAACCGCCUUUGCAUGUGCCAAAUAUUGUUCAUACAUCAUUUUUACGUUUUAUAAAGAAACCAGCCGAUCCGGGUCAGUUUGAAGAAAAAUUUCACCGUAUUUGUAAAAAGAUCUUCGAACAAAUAGGUGAAAUGUUUUUAGAAUUUGAUGAAGUUUGUUUAGCAUUUGAAUCUCAACCGUAUAUGCAUAUCGAAUGUGAUGAAUCUCAUGUACUUGACGUAAUGAAAUGUUAA